CUUUAACCAAUAGAUAUGCCUGCUGGGAGCACUGAGUAAACUGCUUAUCUUAACUAGGUUUGCUAAAGAAGACUGCUCAACAGCUGCACUUCAAACCAGGGGUGGACUGACAACUCAAAGGGCCCCUGGGCAAUAGGGGAUCAUGGGGCCCCUGUGUCCUUGCCCAAACUCAAAAAAGCCUAUGAAAAAGGUACCAGGGGCAUCUCAUGGGGCCCCCUACAGACCCCGAGCCCUCGGGCACUGCCCGAUUUUCCAAAUGGUCAGUCCGCCCCUGACCAGAACU